GAAAAAAUGAGGUUAUGUACUUUUUCGCUGAUAACCAAAAAAGGUUGCUAAAGUUUAACGCAACUUUAUUUAAUUUUGCAUCAGCUUUUUAGUAUCUCAACUCAAAAAUGGUUGAAGACAAACCGGCAGAAAAUACAAGCAGCAAGUCUGCUUUAAAAAAAGAAGCAAAGAAAGCAGAAAAAGCUGCUAAGAAAGCUGAGCACAAACAAACUACUUCAGGAAGUCAAGAGAUUGUUAAAGAAGAAGUGGAUGUCUCUAUUGGAAAAUAUGGAAACCUUCCAGUUAUCAAAUCAGAGAAUAAAAAUAUAAAUAGAAAAUUUAUUACUGUAAAUGAAUUAAAUAAAAAAUUGUCAAAUCAAAUUGUGUGGGUUCGGGCAAGACUUCACACUUCUAGGUCAAGGGGAAAACAAUGCUUCAUUGUCUUAAGACAAAAAGAAUUUACUAUUCAAGCCCUUCUUAGUGUAUCAGAUGCUGUUUCCAAAGCAAUGGUAAAAUUUUCAAGCAGCAUCCCAAAAGAGAGUAUAUUGGAUGUAGAAGCUAGAGUGUCUGAAGUGCCAAAUAGCAUAGCUAGUUGCAGUCAACAAGAUGUUGAGUUGGUAGUGACUCAGUUAUGGGUUGUUUCACAAUCUGCCCCUCAAUUACCAUUACAAAUUGAAGAUGCAUCAAGACCUGAAAAGGCAGAGGAAGAAGGAUUGAAUGUUCGGGUAAAUCAAGAUACAAGAUUAGAUAACAGAAUAUUGGACCUUCGUACGCCAACAAAUCAAGCUAUUUAUAGACUAGAAGCUGGAGUAUGUCGACUGUUUCGUGAUGCUCUUACAAAAAAAGGUUUUGUUGAAAUUCACACACCAAAAAUUAUUUCUGCUGCUUCAGAAGGUGGUGCAAAUGUUUUUACUGUUAGUUAUUUUAAAGGAUCCGCUUAUUUGGCCCAAAGUCCACAAUUAUACAAACAAAUGGCCAUUGCAGCGGAUUUUGAAAAAGUGUUUACUGUUGGUGCUGUUUUUAGAGCUGAGGAUUCAAACACACACAGACACUUGACAGAAUUUACUGGAUUAGAUUUAGAAAUGGCGUUUCAUUAUCAUUACCAUGAAGUCAUGUUGACCAUUGGAAAUUUGUUUACAGAAAUUUUCAAAGGGCUAAGUGACCAGCUUCAAAAUGAGAUUUCUAUAAUAAACCAACAGUACCCUGCAGAACCUUUCACCUUUUUGGAUCCUCCUUUAGUUUUGGAAUUUAAUGAGGGAAGGAAGAUGCUUGCUGAAAUCGGAGUUGAAGUAGGAGAAGAGGAAGAUUUAAGUACUCCGACCGAAAAAUUAUUAGGACGUUUAGUUAAGGCCAAAUUUGACACUGAUUUUUACAUUUUGGAUAAAUUUCCUUUGGCUGUGAGACCAUUUUAUACAAUGCCUGAUCCCAAUAAUCCCAAAGCUUCAAAUUCCUAUGACAUGUUCAUGAGAGGGGAGGAAAUACUUAGUGGUGCACAGAGAAUUCAUGAUCCAGUGUUUUUGACAGAAAGAGCCAAACAUCAUGAAAUAGAUGUGUCUAAAAUAGCGGCUUAUAUAGAUGCAUUCAAAUAUGGUUGUCCUCCUCACGCUGGUGGUGGUAUAGGACUAGAAAGAGUGGUUAUGCUGUAUUUGGGAUUGGAUAACAUUAGAAAGACGUCAAUGUUCCCUCGUGAUCCCAAACGUCUCACUCCUUAAAUGAAAGAUUUCAUAAUAAAUUGAACUAAUAUAUCUGUUGAUAAG